CCCGGUGUUCUGUAUAAUAUAACCUCAAAAAAAUACUAAUAUAGUGUUAUGAUUACACAGUGUGAGAGAUAAUAACAAAUAAACGAAAUGUUGAAAACGUUUAGAUUUAGUCACAGGUUCUGUCGCGUUUGUAGCGGACCUAAGAAUGUGACGCAGAGAAGAUCAUUUUUAUCGGAAGCGUAUCGCUGCGAGGAAGCGUGGAAUCGUAGAUUGGAGUCGCCGUUAUUACAAAAGAUCGAACCGAUGACGAUGUUCGCCGAGUUGGACCAAAAAUACGGGAGCGUGGGCAAAGUGAGCGCCGUCGACGUUGACAUCUUCGUCAACAGCGUCAACGACAAUACCUACAUCGAGGAAGUGAUGAAGAUUUUGCACAAUCUCAGACAAUCCACGGAAACGACCAACAUCCUCGAUUCUACGCAUCACGCUACGAUACGGUAUUUCCUACAGCACAAUUUUAUCCAGGAAUUGCACGAGGUACUCAGUGAUAGACUCAACUAUGGCAUCUUCCCCGAUUAUUUCGACUACAAUGUGCUCAUGGAUCAUUUCCUAAAGAAGAGAGAUUAUGCCUCUGCCGCAAAGAUAGCGAGCUUGGUCAUGUUGCAGGAAGAUGCGGGCCAUCCUAUUACCAAUGCUUUGUGCAUUUAUGCAUGUCAUAUGUAUCUGGAGAAUCCUGACGAUUGGAAAAAACCUGAAAUUCCACAGGAUACAUCUAAGGAGGAAAUAAAGAUACGUGUAGGAUAUGUCAGAAAUCCUUAUUUCGACGAUCACUUUGAUCUCACCGAUCCACAAGAUCUAGUUGGCAAAACUCUAAGUUUUCAAGGAAAGCAUAGAACGGAUGCUCUAGGAAGAACUUGUCAAUUGAGAGGUUUAAUAUUAUAUAAAAAAUAUGAUGAUGUAUUGAAAUUGAUUAAGGAAUGGUUGGAGACAAUACAAGACAAAAUAGUUCAUGAAGAAGUAUUUGAAUUAAUAUCAAAGGACAACAAUAAUCUUCAAGAUCAAGAUAUUGAAAAGUUCAAACUUGUAGAUGCCUCGUUAUUCUUCUUAAAAAAGAAACAAAAUCUUAAGGAAAAUUUAAUUGAAACAAUGCAGAAUCUUAUUAGAGCUGUUGUAAAAGAGAAAGCUGAGGAGGAUAUCUCUAAACAGUGUCAGAUUUAUUCCAAUUGGGAACAAACAAGGGCUUUAAUAUUACAAAUGCAAAUAAAAGCAAUAGAAAACGAAAGAAGAAUAGCUAAUAUAGAAAAAAUAAAGAAGCAAUUAAAAGAAAGAGAACAACUUUUGACUUUCUUCGACAACGAGGAAAAAAUCGAAUUACAAAUAGAGAGGAUAGAGGAAAAAGAACGCAAAGCGGACGAACGUGUGCAUAGAAUGUACAAAAGCCAAAAGAAAUUAAGAGAUUUGGUUACUGUAGAGUCUUAUGUACCACCAGAUGUUAAAAGUAAAAGUUGAAGAGUAUGUGCUAUAAGAAAAUAGAAUAUAUGUACAAAGGAUUAAAAUGAAAAAAAAAAAAGAAAA